CAUGCUAUAGGCUAGGUUGGAAUAGUCUGUACAAUGCCAAGGCUACGCAGUCACUGCAGGUAGAUGGGCAGGGGCAGAAAGACUGCAGUCACACAGAGAGAGAGUGAGCUCCCAUAUCACUGCUGAACGGCAGAGCAAAAGCGACUCUUCAUUGCCAGCUCCCGCCUGCGUGCAGUCGACGUAACUUUUCCAAAAAAAAGCAACUCCCCUUCGGAUGUGUAGGUUGUGUCCUUUGUCCACAGUUCGGGCUCGUCGCUGGGUGUAUUUUACGCCUGCUACGUUAGUAGCUGGGACAACCAAACGAGAUGGGGGCGAAAUAGGUGGCUCGCCAGAUAAGAGUGAAGGUUGGACUGUCUGUACUGCAGUGACGGUGGGAAGCCUUGGUUGUGGUAUGCGGACUAAGUAGCUAGGAAGCAAGGAUACGAGUGAAGAAGGAAAACGCUGAGUUAAGUGUAACGGCAUUCUCGCCUGCUGUGAAGUGAAUGUUUGAACUUGCAGUGUGUUUUAUACACGAAUGCUACCUGGUUGCUAGCUAGAAGCUACAUUGAACAGAGAGGGAGAGAGGGGGGAAGGAUAAACUUUCCAGCCUGACGCAGAACCGCAGACAUGCAGUUGACAGAGAUCCUUGGUUCAGGAACCUUCCUGAUCCUGCUCCUUGUCCCGUGGUCCGACAGCCUUUCCUUGUCCCCGGAAGAAGCUAACCAGUUCUUGAGGAGACACAGGAGAGCGAAUCACGUUUUCGAGGAGACGAAACAAGGGCACCUGGAGCGAGAGUGUGUGGAAGAGAAGUGUAGCAAAGAGGAGGCGAGAGAAGUAUUCGAGAACGACCCUGAAACAGACUACUUCUUUCCAAAGUACUUAGCGUGCAUGGAGAAGUUUGGGGACACGGACAAGAAGAAACAAGACCUGAUCACCUGUGUUCACAAUAUUCCAGACCAGUGCUCUCCGUCUCCCUGUAAUCCUCGAGGUACGGUGCGCUGUGAGGACCAAAAGGGUGGCUUCCUCUGCCACUGCUUCACUGGCUGGACAGGAGUCCGUUGUGAGAAAGGUACUGACCAGUGUGUCUCUGGGAAUGGAGGAUGUGACCACGAGUGUAACAACACUAUGGGUAGCUACCAUUGCUCCUGAGGGGCUGGUUACAUGCUGGUCGGACGCCAGAUGUGUGCAGACGUGAAUGAGUGCCAGGAUCCAGGUAUGUGUGGGACAGCGAGGUGUGUGAACCAGGAUGGAGCCUAUGACUGUCUGUGUGAGACGGGAUAUGUUUACGACAACAACACCAAGACCUGCCUAGAUGUGGACGAGUGUGAGCAGGGAGUGUGUGAGGAGUGUGUGAACACACCCGGUAGUUUCCGGUGUUUCUGUGACGGUCGGCAGGGCAAGAAGUUGAGCCACGACCUCAGGAGCUGUCAGGAGAUCACUACAUGCGUCUCUCUCACCAUGAAGAGGAACUCCCGUUCUCUCUACCUGGGCCGAAUGUUCAGCGGAGUCCCAGUGGUCAGGCUACGCUUCCGCAGGAGAGUCCAGACUGGCUUCUCAGCUGAGUUUGACCUCCGUACCUUUGACCCAGAGGGGGUCAUAUUCUUCGCUGGUGGUCACCUGAACAGUUCCUGGAUUGUUCUUGCAAUGCAUCAUGGGAAACUGGAGCUGCAGCUGAGGUACGGGGCGGUCAGCCGGGUCACCAGCAGCGGGCCUGCCGUCAACGAUGGACAGUGGAGAAAGAUCUCAGUGGAGGAGCAGGGGCGGAGUCUGGUGAUUAAGAUUGACAGGGAGGCAGUGAUGAAGAUAGCUGUGAAUGGAGAUCUGUUCACCCUGAAGAAAGGCAUGCAUGAACUCAACCUGACUGUAGGGGGCGUCCCUUUCAAAGAGGACAGUCUCAUCAACCAGGUGAACCCGAGGUUUGAUGGCUGUAUGCGUGAGUGGCGCUGGUUAACCGGAGAGGAUACGUCCAUUCAGGAGACCAUCAGGUCUAAUGACAACAUGCAGUGUUUCAGUACAGAAAAGCCCGGAACCUAUUACCCUGGGACAGGCUUCGCUCUGUUCAACAUCACAUACGCAGAGUCCCAGUCUCUGAGUAUCCAGCUGACUCUGAGACCAGCCUCCACUGUUGGGGUUCUAUUGGCCCUGGUUUAUCAGGACAGCGUCCCUCUCUCCAUCUCUCUCUCCGACUACCACAGAGACAACCAGGAGUGGCGGGAGUAUGUCCUGGUCUCUGUGGGUGAUGUGAUCGUGGCCAGCGCCCCGACCUUCCUGUGUGAUGCAGAGGUUCAUGAGGUCAAUGUGACGGUCAGUGGGAACCUGACCAUACUAGAGGUGGACGGUCAGCCUGGACAGAGUCACACCACACCUGGACAGGAGACGGUUGACCUCAGCCUGCCUUCAACCACCUUUAUAGGAGGGCUCCCCGACGUGCCCCUGGUGUCUACCCUGGUGUCGUCGUUCUACCGCGGCUGCAUGGAGGUGACGAUCAACGGCCUGGCUCUGGACCUGGACGAGGCCUUCCACAAACACAACGACAUCCGCUCCCACUCCUGUCCUCUGCUGGGGGGGGCCUUGUGACCGCUGCAGUCCCCUUCAGCCCCGUCCUCACUGGAGCAGGGGGGAGUUGCCCCUAGACACUGAUCUUGGGUCAGUUUGACAUUUCCCCCACAGAUGGUUAAGGUUAGGAUUAGGGGGAGUGGAAGCUGAUCCUAGAUCUGUAGCAAGGGGAGACUUCACCCCGUCCACCAUAACCCACAGGGCCUUAAUCUAAGCAAGGAAUGAGUCCCAAAUAGCACUCUAUUCCCUAUAUGACCCCUAUGGGUUCUGGUCACAACUAGUGCACUAUUUAGGGAAUAGGGUGCCAUUUGGAAUGUACCCAGGAGCUGGCCGAGUGGCCAACCCUUCUCCAGACCUACCCUCUUCCCGACCAACCCUCCUCCUGACCAACCCUCCUCCCGACCUACCCUUCUCCCGACCUACCCUCCUCCCGACCAACCCUCCUCCCGACCAACCCUCCUCCCGACCAACCCUCCUCCCGACCAACCCUCCUCCCGACCUACCCUCCUCCCGACCAACCCUCCUCCCGACCAACCCUCCUCCCGACCCUCCUACCUAACCCUAACACUUCCCCAGACCAACCCUCAGUCAUUCUGCCCUCAGCGUGAUUGAAUGUAGGAGCAGCACUCUCACAUCUGAGGUUGCAGGUGCGUAGGAAAAUUCAGUGAUAUCUUGAAAACAAAAAUCCAAUAUUUCACACGGCUCUUGACAGUAUGUUUUAGUGUAAUGAGCUCAUGUAUCGGCCUCACGGCCUUCAUCAGAGCUCACGGUGAUCAAACUGGAUCCAUAAGUGGAAUAACUGGCAGUACUCCAGAAUAGGUUUGGUCAACUGACCCAGUCCAUUGUGGAACAAACCCUAUAAGGUGUGUGGGGGUGUAAUUCAGUAGCACAAGGCUUUGUUGUUGUAAAACUUGCACACCAUCGCAGGUGAAAAUGGACUGAGUUUAAUAAAAACAUCUGUUCGGUGCUUUUCCAACUUAAUGCAAACUUAGUCUACCUGUAAUUUAGCUCUGCACACUGCCUACAGAUUACAGCAUAGGGCUCUGCCUUCUGUUAAUAUGACCCCAUUAAAGACCCUUCCUUCCCCUCCCAAACCAUGCUUCUAGUCCUCCGCAAUUACAUCCGCCCACCGUCAGCCAAUGAAACACUCCAUUACUGUUCCCCUUUCACAUGCCCCGCCCUCCUUCCCUCAGUAUCACCAAUCAGCACACGCCAGGAACACACUUUAAGCCAAUCAGACAAGGCUAAUUAACAUGCAGUAACCAAUCAGACACACAGGGGAGGGCAUCAAGAGCACUGCUUCACCACACUGAGCUACUGAGAGAAUAGGAGUGGAAGUGUUGUAAUAUACUGUAUGUGUAAAUAAUGUGAUGCUUUUUAGAAAAAAAGACAAAAGGAAACAAAUAAAGACCUGAACGCAUUGAGAUAAUCACCCAAAACAGUUUCACUUCUCUACAGAAUGUCAGAACAAACAACAUCUUUCAUCAUUUCAUUAGGCCAGAAAGGGCUACAGUAUUUCCUCCUCUGGGAUCUAGAGUUUGUGAUGAGUUUCACAAUGGAGCGAUCGAUGCUUUUCUCUUCUGUGUUGUGUGUUUAUUAUACUAUAGGUUUGUUUGGCUGCUGAUUUGUUCUCCUGUCUUUUAGUCUUUACGUCCCUGAUCACAUCAAUUCAGUCUGAUUUGAAAACGUAAUAAAGAUGAUGACAUGGGAGUUUUAAAA